AUGGCAAGCGUUACCCAGCUUCAAUAUACCGAGCAGCGUUUAUCGCAAGAAAUCCGGACUUUAGAGAAUGCAAUGCAGGAGUCUGUACGGAGACGAAGACAGGUGAACGAGGACUUUUGGCCACAGUAUGAGCAAAUGGACCGUCGCAGUCAAGAAGCGCGAGCAUUCAAGACACAGUUCGAAGAUGAUCUGCACCGGAUGAUCGAGGUGGAGGUUCUAAUGAAAAAGAGAAAGACGACUCUGGAUGCUGAGCUUGUCAACGUACGAACCCAACUUGCUUUCUUGCAAGGAGAUGGAGAGUAG